AUGUCAGACUUAUAUUUCUCUAAACUAUACGUACCUAUUUAUUUCGCGGUGACCUUCUUCUUCUUCUUCUUCUUCUUUUUCUUCUUCUUCUUCUUCUUCAUCUUCUUCUUCUUCUUUCCAUUUGUCAUCCUUCUUCUUCCUCGUCUUCUUUCAUUUCCAUCCUUCUUCUCCUUCCUCUUCUCCAUUUUUUAUCCUUCUUCUUUUUCUCCAUCAUUCUAUUUCCUAUCUUUCUUCUUCUUUAUCAUUUUUCCUCCUCCUCCUCCUCCUCCUCCUCCUUCUUCUUCUUCUUCUUCUUCUUCUUCUUCUUCUUCUUUCCAUUUUCCAUACUUCUUUCUAUGUUCCAUCCUUCUUCUUUUUCCUCCUCUUCUUUCCAUUUUCCACCUUUCUUUUUCUUCUUUCCAUUCUCAAUCCUUCUUCUUUCUAUUUUCCAUCCUCUUUCUUCCUUUUCUUACCAUUUUCCCUCCUUCUCCGUCUUCUUCUCCUUCUUUCUAUUUUCCAACCUCUUUCUUCCUUUUCUUACCAUUUUCCAUCCUUCUCCGUCUUCUUCUUCUUUCUAUUUUCCAUCCUCUUUCUUCCUCUUCUUACCAUUUUCCAUCAAUCCUUCUUCUUCUUCGUCUCCUUCUUUCUAUUUUCCAUCCUUCUUCUUUUCCAUCCUCCUCUUCUUACCAUUUUCCAUCCUUCUCCGCCGCCUUCUUUUUUCCAUUUUCGAUUUUUCUUCGUCUUCGUCUUUCCAUUUUCCAUCCUUUUUCUUCUUUCCAUUUUCCAUCUUUCUUCUUUUUUUCUUCUUUUCAUUUUUCAUAG